GAAACGUGAUAGAGAAUGAUAACUUGAUGAUAACUCUAUUUAGUUCGUCAUAACAUUAUCAAUAACAUUCCAAUUUUAGUGUGCGUACCUCUAAAUUUUAUUCAAUAAUUAAAUUUGCUUUAAAUGGAGAACGUUGUAACCGUUGUGGAUGGCACAAACGUAGAAAAACAAACACCGCCUGACAGUAAGCCCACUGAUACAAUGAACACCAAAAUAGCUGUCGUUACCGGCUCGAACAAGGGAAUUGGAUUCGCGAUCGUCCGCGGCCUUUGCAAGCGUUUCCCCGGCUUAGUCUACCUCACAUCUCGCAAUGAAAAACGCGGGUUGAAAGCCGUGGAAGACCUUAAGAAAGAGGGCCUGAACCCUAACUAUCAUCAGCUAGACAUCACUUCUACGAAGAGCAUUGAAACUUUCAGAGAUUACAUCAAAGAAAAGUAUGGAGGCAUAGAUGUGUUAGUGAAUAACGCUGCGAUUGCGUUCAAAAGCAAGGCUAAAGAACCGGUUUCGGUGCAAGCUGAAGAGACUAUUUUCGUGAAUUAUUUCUCAGUGCUUUCAACAUGCGAAAUUUUGUUUCCAAUAAUGAGAAAUGGGGGAAGAGUGGUAAAUAUAUCUAGUUCAUGCGGCCAUUUGAGUCAUAUUCCUAGUGAAGCUUUAAAGAAGCGUUUUACGGAUCCCAACUUGACUAUUCUGGAGCUCAGUGACUUGAUGAGGCAGUAUGUCGAUGCUGCUAAGCAAGGAACGCAGCUUGCCGAGUGGGGGAACUCUUCAUAUGUGGUGUCUAAAGUUGGUGUGACUGCCUUGACUAAGAUACAACAGAAAAUGCUCAAGGACAGAGACAUAAAAGUGAAUGCGGUACACCCAGGCUACGUGAACACGGAUAUGUCGUCCCACAAAGGCCCUCUGACCAUAGACGAAGGUGCAGAGGCUCCGUUGUACUUGGCUCUGGAUGCUCCGGAUUCUGUACAAGGAGAGUAUGUCUGGUACAACAAAAAGAUUGUGAGUUGGACCGGGGAAAGGGCUGAAGAGAAAUAUUAAACUGAUACAUACAUACAGGAAAGUUUGUCUGCACAGUAUUUUUAGUUAUGAAAGGCAUUUAAUGCAUUAUAUAUGCAAAGUCUGUCUGUCCAUUGGAAAAAACAAUGUACAUAUAACAUUUCGGCUGAGCCAAUGAACUGUUUUUAUAAAAUUUUGUGUAAAUAAUAUAUCAGAGGUUAAACAGAUGCUUUGCUAUUUUUUUUUUUAAAUACCCAAAAAUGAAAAAAAAAAACAUGACAUUAUUUUGCCUUACUGGUCAUAGACAAGUACACCAAAUUUUGUGAUAUGAUUGUUUCUAGUGAAAGAAUGAAAUAUGUGUUUGGAUAAUAUUGCUAUCAAGAACAAGAACUACACCAAGAGAAAUCAAAAAUUAUGUUUGUAUUAAGACUAUUGUUAAGGUUAAAAUAAAAAAUAUAUCUUUUUAUUAAAACAUAUUUUUUUAUUCAAGAGUCAAUUGUAAAUCUUAUGAAAUAUUUAUUUACUAAUUUGAAAUGAACAAUAAAGCUUGUUGAGCACAUUUCAUUAGUAAUCAAUGUAAAAAUAUUUUUUUUUAUUUGUUUUAUAUUUUAUUGCAUUGUUAUAAUUGGAUUUUUUUCCGGAAUAAAAAGCUCACGUAAAAUGUUGCAACCAUCACAAACAAGUUAUUUGAAGGGUUUAUUUUUCUAUUUAAUAAAUUAAUUGCUACACUUU